AUGGCACGAUUCCGAAAGGCAGUGUACAGUGCACUGUGGGUGCAGUUAGCAUUAGUUGUUUGUUAUGCACCAAUAUGGACAGUGGAUAUUGUGAUCGCUCAUACUAAAAAAUAUUCAUUACUCUCAGUCGUCAUCUGGAAAGUAGCAGUUAUUUUACUUUACUUUAACUCGACGUUAAACCCGUUUCUUUAUUGCUGGAAGAUUAGUGAAGUGAGACAAGCAGUGAAGCAGACAAUUAAAGAAGCACUUUGCUGAGUUAGGUCUUUCUUGAGUUGUUCUUCAGACUUUCAAAGCAGACUCAUUAAGUCACGAUUAUUGUUAGAGCGCAGUCGUUAAAUAAGUUAUUGGAUAAAACCAAAUAAGCGGCUCAAUAAAAUAGUUGCGCAGGCUGUUGUUGAUAGUCUUUAUAUCUCUGAAAUUAAUUUAACGACAGACUAGGUAACCACAGCUAUGUGUUUUAAAAAAUAAAGUUUCUUGCCGCUAUGCUAAAAUACAAGAUGUCAUGGUCGAAGAAAAGAUAUGCAAACAAUUUUCUUUCAUGUUUUCUCCUCUCAGUAAUAUGAAGGCAUCAGAUAAAAUUCAGAAGAGUAGUUUAAGAAAUGUGUUUGAGGCCGAUGUUAUGUAUUACGAGAAAAUUAUUUCGCCUCAUUUUCUCUAUAAUUAAAAGAAAGCGCUUGACGUUGAUGUUGACGCCAUAUUGCCAAAAGAGACAGUCCAGUUUUAGUCUUGAAUUUGUUUGUUUUGUGAUCAGAAAAUUAUCCGUAAAGCUUAUGUGAAGAAGUUUCUGUUACUUGUUCAUUUAACUGAAGGUUACGAAAGUGUAUGAAAUAAAAUUGACCAUCUCUGUUCGUUACGGAAUUUUUUUACAGAUCGAUCGAUGUGCUGAAGUUAUAAUGACAACGGCGAAAACAAGUUUCGCAUCAUUGUAUAGAGGUCACCAUAUGUUCAGUUUGUUGCUGGUGUAUCUUUAGGUUUUCUCUGAGUUUUACGGAUUUUAUCUCCUCCAUUUCCGAGCGAUUAACUGCUGUCCAAAAGUUCCUCAAACGUUUUUUUUUAAAAUUUGUUUUCAAAGCUUUUGUAUGAGCUCAGAAUUUGCUUCAAUGCCAUACCAUCUAAUUAUCGCCCUAAAAACAUGUAUAUGCACCCAUUGAAGAAGUGAUAAAAUAGAUUUUUUUAAGACUUAGGAGUUCCAUAUCAUAUUGUAAAACAAAAAAUAUAGCCCAAGUCUUUGUGCUUGUCAAGGGAAUUCCUUUUCAGUGCUAAUUUUAAAUUAAACUGAAACGUUAUUUACUGAAAUCAACAGCUGGCUGCGACGAACAUGUUCUUGUUAAAUUUUCAAGGUACUAAAUUAUCAGAGAGGAUCAGAAAGGAAAUUCUCUGGGAAAGAACUCUUGUUAAAGGAGGGAUUGACGCAUCUUUUAACGAUUAAAUCUUUCCUCUGGCUUUUUUUUCAGCUAAUCCUCCGUUGGUAAAUGAAAUGACUGAUUUGAAGCCGGAAUAAAAUGUUUAAUCUAUAGAGAGUAAUUAUUUUGCAAAAACGAAAAUUUUUCCAACUUAAAACGAGGCGGUUGUGGUGGUUGACUAAUUUUUCCUAAUCUUUGACAGGGUAUUUUUAACAAUUGUUUCGUGCGUCAGUGUGCGGUCAUUAAUAUGCACGAUGGACGCAGGAAGUUUGGAGAGCUUAAAAGAUACGCUGGAGUUGCUUCACAAGCAACCAAGAGUGAUCUUAGGUUCACAAAUAAUAAAUGCUGUUAAUGUAGGUUUAACUAGGUGUAGGUUUUAACCUCGACUUCCUCUCGGGAAUUAUUCAACAAUAUUCACUUCAUCUUCGGCAAAUAACUGUUAAAUAUUUUUAUCGAGUGUUGAUAGUUUUUAAGUAUCCAUUCCUUCAUUUCCGUUCUCGAUCAAUAGAUAAUCAUUUUCCCUUAAGCAUAGCCAUAUUACUCUGGUUACUGGAGGAGAAUGACUAGUCGCCCAGGGGAAUUACGACAUGAAGAAUUCAGUCACUGCUGUAUACAUGAAAGCUUGCUAGAAACCAAACUAUUUUUCUUCUCUUUACGCAGACGAGACGUUAGCAAAGAAAAAUUUAGACGAACUUUGUUUUAUAAUUUUUCCAGGACAAUCACUUAAAUGUGUUUGGCGAAAGGGGGAGAACAAAUAAAGAAUGUAAAAUAAACGGCGAAAAAUUGUUUGAACACGUAAUUUCUUGCUUCUUUUAGUUUCGUUUCUUCUUUUGUCGGAGACGAAAUGGAGGUAAAAGAGCCACAAAACGUUACUAAUUACACAGUUGCAUUCAAAUGUCCUAAAAAAUCAUCUGUAGCCAUGCAUUAAUUUUGAAUCGUUGUACAAAUUCAAAUUACUGGACUGAUUGUCAUAGGUUUGACAUCCUUAGCUUAAACUUUUAUUUUCAGCUUGCUGAGGCUGAUAACGAUUCAGGGUUCAACCUUACACAAAUGAUAUUGAAAUUUGAUUGACAGCCUAUAUUAAUAAAACAAGGUUGUAUAAACAUCAGCCUUCUAUGGUUUCAGGUUUCAUUAUCAGCACUGCGGCACGGCGUUCCUUCGCCCCCGAGUCGUGUUACUCGAAGCCUCAAACUUAUUCACGGGCGAAGUAACUCGUAUUGAAGCCUUUAUAGUGAGUGCCUUCUCACAGGCUAAAUAAAGCGGAUUGUUUGUUGCAACAUGAAAAAAAGUUAUCUUAAAGAUGUCUUUAGAUAUUUGUCUUUCAUACGUGAUGUAUAUGACAAGUUAGGCACAAAAAAAGACUUUUUUGACACAGCAGACGAUCAUCUGAAGUAUUUUAACGAUUAAAUAAUAGUGAGGGAGCUUUUACAUGAUUGCUAUGUAGCAAAUAGGGUUUAAGUGAUCGUCGUUGUACAAUUGCUGCCUUAACGAAAUAUUUUUCUCGCUGCAAUCAUGACAAGAAACGGGAAACGAAAACAGAAUAAAGUUGACCGAGCUUUUUGCAAUUCAUAAUCUACCACCAUACAGGGAAUAUUUCUCCAAGUGAUCAUCAUCCCAAAAUAAUGACAUUAUAUCUAAAUAAACCGGCAAUUCUCUUAUUCUCCAUCUCGAUCAAAAAAUUACCUUGUUUACUUUAUUAGUGGAAACUAAUUGUCAUGACCAAAGGAGAAUUGUUAAUUGCUCAAGAGUAUCGCAUGAACAACAACCGAAUAACUUCUCUUUACAUGAAAGCUUACUUGAUAUGGGAAUAAAUUAUUUUUUCGUCAUACUUUGAACAAGACAUUAGAAGCAAACAAAUUGUAGAUAGGUUCUAGAAGGCCAUCUUUCGUUCGUCAUUAUCCGGGAUAAUCAAUAUAAAUUUGCUGGCCAAAGAAGAAGGACAACAGUUGAAGUGAAAGAGGAAAUUGCAGAAAAUUGUUUGCUGGCGUAAUAACUUGAUCUUGUUACUAUUUUGUUUUUAGUUCUAGUUGGAUACGAAACGGAGAGAAAAAAGUCUUAACAUAACGCAAAAGAUAUGGACCGUUGAUUAGCAUCCAUUAUAAUGGAAUUUAAUUCUGAUAAAGAGCGACUCUUUGCCGCACUGUAAAAACAUUGAAGUAACAGAUGUUUCUAUAUUUGCCUUUAAUUGCUAUUUCAUAACAGAGGCACCCAAAGGUUCUCGGGAAAAAUAAUUUUUUUGACCCAACAGAAAUUUUUUUAUGCGAUUGUCAGUUAGGAAGCAAGGGAAACGCCGAAGACAGAAUUAUGUCCACAACAAAUUUCAGUAGCGGUGGAAGUCACACGAAAUCAUUUCAAGAACUGUUAUGCUCUCCCUCUUUGGUGGGUGGGCUUCAACAACAACUAUCAAUUUGCUUCGUAGCGGUUGACAUUUUCCUCUCCAUUACGGCAUUUGCUGGGAAUUCUCUCAUCCUCGUUGCCCUUUACAAAGAAUCUUCCCUACAUCCGCCGUCCAAACUCCUGUAUCGUUGUCUGGCAACCACUGAUCUGCUGGUUGGUCUUGUUUCCCAGCCUCUCAGUGCUGUAUAUUGGAUGUCCGUGGUUCAAGAAAACUGGGGCCUUUGUCGAUACGCAUUUGACGCAGCCAAAGUCACAGCCUAUGUAUUUUUUUUAGUGACUCUGAUGACGAUGACAGCCAUUAGCGUGGACAGACUUCUCGCCUUGAUGUUGGGACUGAGAUACAAACAAGUUGUAACUUUGAAGCGCACGUAUAUUAUUUUAACUACAUUCUGGGCUUUUAACCUUGUCGUCAUAUUAAGUGGAUUUUUUCAUCACCCCAUAAUCUUAUCAUACAGCUCCCUAGUUAUAUCAUUUUGCCUAGUAAUAUCACUCGCAUCGUACGCAAAGAUUUUUUGCAUUCUCAGAUAUCACCAAGCGCAAGUACGAGAUCAACAGCCGGCGAGCCAAACAAAUACACUGAACAUGGCGCGAUUCAGAAAGGCAGUGUACAGUGCACUGUGGGUGCAGUUAGCAUUAGUUGUUUGUUAUGCACCAAUAUGGACAAUGAAUAUUGUGCUCGCUCUUACUAAAAAAUAUUCAUUACUCUCAGUUGUCACACGGAAAGUAGCAGUUAUUUUACUGUACUUUAACUCGACCUUAAACCCGUUUCUAUACUGCUGGAAGAUUAGUGAAGUGAGACAAGCAGUGAAGCGGACACUAAAGGAAGCACUUUGUUGA